GACGCCCCGGAAAUAUUCUAGAGCCCUCGCGAUUCCUCACGAACUGAACCUUCUCCAACUCUCCCACUCCCCUCCGUUUUAAUCCACCGGCGCGCAACCGCCGCAGCAUCCGCAGUUCGGCACGGAGACCCACCGCCAUUGCGACCCGACUCACUCACGGUUCGAUUCGCUGAGGCACCACCGAGCGAGGGGGAGCGGAGCGGCCGGGCGCGCGGCGGAGACGGCCAUGGACGCCGCGGCGGUGCUGAAGCGGAAGGGCGCGGAGGCGCCGGAGCCGUGGGUCCCCGUCCCCGCCACCAAAAUCCGCCGACUCGACGUGGAGGUGCCGCCUGUCGAGUCCGGCGUGGGCGCGCCGCUUGCGCCGCCGCCGCAACAGGCUUUCGGGGUGGAGGCGGCGCCGGCCGUGGACUCCACGCUGCCGUUGCUGAAGAGGAAGGGUGCGGAGGGGCCGCAGCCGUGGCUCGACGUCGACGGGGUCCCAGCACCCGCCACUAAGAUCCGCCGUCUGGACGCCGAGGUGCCGCCGGUCGGCCCCGCCGUGGGCGCGCCGCUUGUUGAGACCGGUGCGAGCGUGCCGUUCGUGGUGGAGGAUGUGCGGGUGAGCGGCGACGUGGCGCCGACGCCGGCCGCGGCGGUUGGCUUGGCUGCGCCAGCGGCGAACGACGAGCGGGCGAUCGUGGUGUACCAGCCCGCCGAGGCCGCGCGCAGCCUCCUGCAAGGCCCGCUCCGCCCGGGGCCUUCUCUCCGCGUCAGCCCCAACUGGAUCCACGGGCUCAGGAGCACUAUGCUGCACGAGGCGAGCAAACACAGGGCUCUGUUCGAGGAGCUGGCCGCCAGGGACGAGAACCUGAACCUGGCCGUGGUCCCGUGGGCGCCCGCCCAGGACCACGCCCACGCCGCCUCAGCGACGGGCGCCGAGAUGAUGGACGCUGAUCAGGACGGCGACGGCGCGUCCAUGGAGGUCGAGCACGACGUGGAGGGCCGGCCGACGCCCCAAGCUGGCGGCGCGGUGCAGGGGGAGGCGUUCUACCACCAGCAGCACUGCGUGGCGCCGCAGCAGGUGCAGCUCCCCGUGGCGAGCUACCAGCCGAGCCCGGUCACGUGGUCGUGGUGAACAGCGCGAAUCAGAGCAGGAAGGACAUGGUAGUGAGUAGCGAUUAGGAUGGAUACUUGCUCCGGUUGCUCCGCUUGAUUUUUGAGCUGUGGAAAGCGUGAGCCGCCGAGCAGAGGAUGUGAUUUUGGGGAGAUGAUGCCACACGUUUUUCGCCCGAGGCGACGAUGGUUUUGUGGUAUGUGCUUGCCUGGGAUCGGUGAAGUGGACGACCGUGGCUUUUGCAAAUUUGUCUCCUUUUCAAGUUUUGAGAAGGCCUUUAUAUACGUCCGUAUAACAUGUCCGUGAAAUUGAAGUGGUGGAAAA